AUGUCUCUCUUAGCUCUGGGUCGCAAUGGGCGAUCCCAGGCGGGAGCAGAGGCCAGUGGCCUCGAUUCUCUGAUGGGCUGGGCCUACACUACGAUCGAGUUCACGUUAUUCCUCUGGUCGAUCGCCGUGGGCCUCGCUUAUGACGGUCUUGCAGCCCUUCUCACUAGCCGGGUCUACCGUGCCGGGGCUGGGGCAGUCCUCCUCUACCUGCUGGGUACCACCCUGAUUGAGCUGGUGACAAGCGGUGACGGGGGACCUGAGCUCCUCUUCUUCCUCAGGAUGGCCGUCUUCGUCUACUGUGUCGGCUAUCAGGUUCGCGCACUCUGUGACUACACCCCUGUCCGCGUCCUCCUCCUCCUCAGUGGAGGGUACCCCUUGUUCCGCCACGGGGCGGCGGCGAUUGCCGAGCCGUUCCGGGACUACGCGGCGAUGGGUCCUUAUGCAGGUGUGCUCCUCACCUUCUCCGCCAUCUACCUCGCCAUGCGCUCCAUGGGGCGGCACGUUGGCUACUUCAUGGACACGUACAUCAAGACGUACGUGCUUGAGACCCGGAUCGAUUCCCUGCUCCGCCGAGUCCGUGGAGGCGGUGCUCAUGCUGACGAGCCUUCAGAAGAGUCGGUCUCCCUCCUCCACGCCUAUCUCCGAGCCCGCGGUGGCCUGCUUUGCACGCUUUCCGUCGCCGUUUACCAGUACGGCCUUGUCAUGAUCCCGCUACUAGUCCUCGGGGGGCUCGGGGGAGUCGGCGCUGUUUGCCCUUCGUGUGGCAGCUCGAUCGCAUCCUGCACCUACGACACAGAUCAACGGUGCCCGACCAUCACCAUUGUCGCGACCAACGCGUCGGCGAUGGCAGGCGUCGGAGUCGUGAGUACCGUCACUCUUGCCACCCUCAUCCGGCCGCGCUACCUGCGCAUCUUUGGGACGAACGCCCUUCAGGCCCUUGUGGCGAUGCGCCGCCGCCCAGCCGCGGGCACGCCCUUCUCCAUCACUGCCGAUACCUCCAAGGGCGAUAUCGUCCAGGCCAUCUCCGCCGGACGCAUCUGCCAGAUGGAGGCAGUCGUGCUCUGCGCCAGGAUUCUUGACCGCCCCGCUUGUAUUUCUUUUUCCGAGUCACCGAGGCACAUCUCUUCCGCCUUCGUGCUCGCGCUCUUCGUCGGCUUCGCUUUCCAGUUUGGGUUUUGCCUCAGCUUUGGGAGUGCGAAUUCCGCAAUGUGUGCCAUGUAUUGCGUCCUCGCGAUUGUAACAUGCGGAUAUAACCAAACGACCCUGUUCACAACCGCAAGUUACUGCAGGCUUGACCCCAGUUGGGCCACGCUCUGGGUCGCAAUGGGCGAUCCCAGGCGGGAGCAGAGGCCAGUGGCCUCGAUUCUCUGA